AUGGCUCUUUUCACUACCACUCUGGAACCACCUGGGGCCAAAAACCCCUCCACCACUUGCUCAUCUCCACCAUUACAACCCUCAUUCACACCAAUCUCACCCUCUUUGACACCUCUCUACUCACAAGGUCCUCUAAGUUUUCUGUUUUUUUUUUUCAUCGCCCCACCAAAAUCCUCACCCAAGUUCGACCCUUUCUUGGGAGCUCUUCUCUCAACUUAUCCUCGCGAGGUUAACAUGGGCAUCACUCUUGGCUCUCGCUCUUCGCCUGAUACCUGUGAGCUCCACCUACCUACCAAUGCGAGCUGCGAGAGAGCGUGCUCUCAACCUUUGGUAGUUGGUGAUUCGUCUUUCCCCGCUCAACCUGCUGUUCCCAUUGGCACAAUUGUUCGCUGUGUUUUCCUAGCCAAGCUUCCUCAUGCUCCUUAUCAUAAACUUGCUACACAACUCGCAAAGUGUAUGUCUCCUUUUGGUAAAGUGUGGGAGAUCGCUGUUCAUGAAACAUAUAGGUUUUUUGAUGGUUCUGGCCAUGUUGUCCUCGCCAAUACCCCUACCAACGAUGUGCCAUUGGAUUCUCUGACAUACCAGAUUGCAUACAAUGAUACGCAAAAGAUUCUUGCCAAAACCCAAACGUGUUUUGGAUGCAACAAGACCGGCCACCUGCAAGUCAAUUGUCCGUCCAAUACUAAUCCUUCCAAGACAUCCAAGACGUCCAACAAGCGCUCCCGCCACCCCAACUGCAAUUCGAAGCUCGAUCGCCCCAUAAUCGCACCUAAGCCUUUGAUUCCCACUGGGCUCUCACUCAUCUACGGAGGAUCCGAGGCUUCCAAACACAAUCCUCGUCAACCUGCUUUGCAUGAGUUGUCUGAGCUGUCUCCCACAACAACACCCUUAACUCUGAUGACACCAACUGAGACGCCCACCUGGGACAAAGAGAUAGACGACAGAAUGAUAACUAAUCUCCUGGAUAGAGAUGAGGCUCGGGCUCUCCGGCUCCAGUCUGCCUCUCGCCACAUUCAUCCCCGUUUUUCCCAGCCAGCAUGUCCAACAGGCCGCAAUACAUCUCUCUCUCCUCCUCGCUUUACUCACCCACAAACCACAAAAGCCCUCGGCGCAGAGGCCAACAUUAACCAAUGA